UCGAGUGACCUUUGUUUCAAUUCACACUUGCACUGCGCCUCAGAUCAGCAGUUGAUGUUCAGUUUGCGGCUUAGUUAGUUAGUCAGCGAGUUAGUUAGCCAGUUAGUUAGCCAGUUAGUCAGCCAGUUAGUUAGCCAGUUAGUUAGCUAGUUGAGAUCGGUGGCCAGUGAUCGAAAGUGGCAGAAUGUCACAGAUGCUGCAGCUGGAUGCCUUGGUCAUGGCCAUGGCCUGUCUAUCCACCACGCAGACGGAUCUGGGCGGAGGACUGAUGGUUCCGCCCUCCCUGGAAAAUGCGAGUUCCAGCAGCUGUCCGGUUUCGGCUUUAAGUGGUCUUACCACGCGGAUGCAGUCGCUCCACAACGAAAUAGCCAGUGUGAAGGAGCAGAUAGGCAGUCUGCAGGAGCAGUUGGUGGAUCUGCGAAGAGCGGGAAGUGCGCCAGUUGUGGGACUCGCUUCACCCAAUGCCCUGGCAUCUCGAUUCCUGGACAUUGAGCCACAACUGCUGGCCAAUGGUGGUGCAGUGGCCGCACCAACCACUCCGGCAAACUGCCUGAAACAGCAGCACGGAGUGGUGCGCAUCCGACCGCGCUCGAAUGUGGAGCCCUUCUUUGUGUUCUGCGAUCAGAAGGUGAGGAACGGCGGCUGGACCAUGGUGGUUAAUCGUUACGAUGGCAGCGAGGACUUCAAUCGCAAGUGGGCGGACUACCAGAUAGGUUUCGGACCACUGACCACCGAGUUCUUCAUCGGACUGGACAAGUUGCAUCAGAUUACCAGCAGCGACAACUACGAGCUGUUGGUGCAGCUGCAGAAUCGUAAGCAGGAGCUUAGAUAUGGCAUUUACGAUCACUUCAGCAUCGGCAGUGAAUUGGAGCAGUAUCGUCUGAAUGUCCUCGGAAAUUUCCAAGGCGAUGCCGCGGAUGCACUGAGUGAGCACACGGGCAAGAAAUUCAGUACCCACGAUCGGGAUAACGAUGAAAGUGAGCAAAACUGCGCGGUUCAGCAGUCGGGUGCCUUUUGGUAUGGCGCCUCUUGCAAUCUUAGCAAUCCCUUUGGACUCUAUCAGCGGCUGCUCGAGCGGGAUGUUGAUGGCUUUAAGGGCAUUCUGUGGCGCGGUUUCUUGGAUGGACCCAAAGGUUCGCUGAAAAUAGUUCGCAUGAUGGUUCGACCACGCGCCAUUUCAUAAAUAAGUAACUUUAUUGGCUACACCAGUCACAUUUUAUCAAAACACCCAACAAGUUAAGAACAAAAUAAUAAGAAAAAAAAAACAAAACUUAUAUAAAAAUUAAAAACAAAAUAAAUUCUAUUUAGACUUCGUUGAGCUUGUCAGUCUCUUCGGUGGUUGUGGUGGUGCGAACGGUGGUGGUUGUGGUUGUUGUGGUGGGAUCCUCAGAUCCUUUGACCACCAGGGCAUCUCCGAAAACGGGCUUGAAGAAGAGCACAAAGCGGGAGUAGCGACGAGCGGAGUUCUGUAAAUAUAAAAAGCAUAUUAUAACCAUUUCUUAGAAUAAUCUAGAAUAAUAAAUAUGUUGAUUGAAAAUACAUUUAUGACCAGCCUGUGAAGCCAUAUUAAAACUA